UGGACAUCGGGAAUAAUAUAGGGCAAUCCGCCAUGUUCCACGUAACUUAUCAUUGAUUUUUGAAAAUUUGCCUUGAUUGGCGAAAUGGACGAAGAGGAGCGGCUGAAGAAACUGCAGGCUGGCAGGGAGAGGUUGGCUAAGUUCCAGAAGCAGAGGUCAGCUUCUGGGGCGAGUCCGGACAAGAAGAAAAGAAGAAGGAAAUCUUCUCGCAAGAGCACCGAGAACGGCAAAGAGCGGUGCAUCGAGCGACCUGCCUCUAGUCUGAGUCAGGGUUCUGAGCUGUAUGAAGGCAGCUCAACCGGUAAUGAACUUUCAGGAACACAUUCAGAUUUAACUUCACCGUUAUCGUUAGAUAGUGAUCAGCGAUCAAUAAGUGCAGACGAGUAUUCACUAGAGGAUACUACUAGUCUUUCAGCUGAAUUACAUAGAAUAGGUCUAAGGGAUGCAAAAGCCAGGAUAGCUCAGUUAGAAGAGACGUUAUAUGGCAAACAGGUUGCUUUACAACAGACACAAGAAGACAAUGACAAAUUACGUCAAUUAUUAGUUAAUCAGGGUUUCAACAAUACUGAGUCAUUGUCAAGUAGUAGGGAAGCUGAAUACAGGUCUGCUAUUGACCAGUAUAACUUAAAGAUCCAGGAAUUUCAACAAGCCUUGUUGCAAAGAGAUGAGGUGAUCAAGCAGCUAUCUGUAAACCUACAAAGCGUUUUACAAAACCGUGAUUCCCUGCAAGUUGAAGCUACUAGCCAAGCACACCAGCUUACACAGCAUAUAUUAUUACUACGACAGCAGCUACAACAGGCUCAAGAAGUCGUCAUGAGUCAGACGAGGGAACAUGCAUCUACAGGUGAACAGCUGGCUGAUGCCAAGAAAAAAGUAGAGGAGUUAUCGAGAGCCAUUGAAGAAAAAGAUGUAGCAUUGCAGGAAUUAGGGGAGUUGUUUUCUACGAAGUGCCAAGAACUGAACAAUAUCGCCAAAGAAAGAGAUGAAAUCAAACACAAGUCAUCUGAAGAAGUCCGUCAGUUAAUGGCCAGUAUUCAGGAGCUUCAGACAAAAGCCCACCAAACUGUGCAUGAUGUCGCUUCCGAUGCUGAGCAAAACACUGGAAUCAGACUGGCAGAGUUGAGAGCUGAGUUGGAUGAAACAUAUGGGCAACAAAUCAACAUUAUGAAACAACAGCUGGGAGAACGACAUCGAGAAGAACUAGAUGCAUGGGACAACAAAUACAAACACCUUGAGGAACAAGUGAAAAAUAAUACUGUUCAGCAAAAUACACUCCACGCAUUACAAAAUGAAAUUGAAGAGUUAAAAUCACAGAUAACUGAAAAGGACUUGGUGAUGGAUCGCAAUAAAAUUGACAUUGCUCAGUUAAACACAAACUUUGCAGAAUCUGUUAGCACCUAUCAGAAAGAAAUUCAGGACCUCAAAGAAUUAAGCCUGCAAACUUCUGACCAGGAUGAUAAAUUCAAAAAGGAAAUUGAAUGGCUUCAGAAACAACUGAUUCAAGCAAAUGACAAGAAUGUUAGUUUAGAAGCCAGACAUAGUGAGGAAAUUGCAGUUUUACAGUCUCAGAUCAACCACACAGAGACUGAUUCCAAUGAAAUUGCUAAACUAAGAACCGAGUAUUUGGAUCAGAUUGAGAGAAUGAAAGUAGAGCAGGAUGAGGCUGUCAUGCAGUUGAUGAACAAACUUGAGAGUGUGUCAGAAGAAAAGGAAACAGCUAAAUUAAAACAUGAACAGGAAAUCUAUAAUCUCAGGACAAAAUUUGAAAAUGAGCUUAAAGUUGCUCAAGUGAGUGUCAACAUCGAGGAUCUCAAAAGGGAAAUUGAAGAAGAGCUUGAGAAGAAAUAUGAGAAAAAAAUGGAAGACCAGCAAGAUAGAAUUUCCAGCAUGCAUGAAAUUGAAAUAAAAAGAUUGAAGACUUCUCUUGCUGUUGAUUAUGAGGAAGAUGUGAAAACAUAUAAGCAAGAGUUGGAAGAGUAUUAUGAACAAGUUGUUGAAGGUGUAAAAGCUGAGAAAGAUAAGGAGUUCAUUGAGCAGUUACAAAAUGUUCGAAAAGAGUUAUCAGAGAGACAUGAGAAAGAACUUGAGGAGUAUCGAGAGAAGUAUGAAGUGGAGAAAAGUGAAAAAGCUUCAAUCAAACAUCCAUUAGAAGAAGGAAUGAUUAUAGAAAAGGAAAGCGAGAGUCUGAUUGAUCCAUCACUUUUAGAACAGUAUCACACACCUCAGCAUCAUGCACCACACCUAGAGAUGCAGCUCCAUCAGAUGAGCAUGGAGUCGUCUCCUGCAGGUUCAGUUGCAGACCUUGAAAUUGUUACCAAGCUGAGAGGUGAGAACCAGGAUUUGAGUGAAGCCAGAGAUGCUCUACUGCAGCAGAUUGAUGAAUGUCAUCAGCAACAAGAACAGAUGCAAGAUGAUCUGCUGACAAUCAUGAAUGAAAGGGAUGAUAUCAGAGAUCAGAAAGAAUCCCUGGAAGCUGAACUGGAGUCUGUUCGAAGUGGUGUAACUAUAGACUCGUAUCUUCCCACACAAGAUACUGUCUUCAACAGUGAAAAAUCUGAUGCUUUGAUAAAUGAAAAUGAGAUGCUCAGAAAAGAAUUGGCUGAUAUGGAAGCAGAUUUAGUUGAAUUCAAGAUAAGCAUUACUAGCUUGAAAGAAGAGAACAGUAGGCUUCAGAUGGAAAGAGAUGAUCUUGAGGGAAAGCUGAGCGAAAUGCAAGACCAGGUUGACAGCAGCUCAGCAGCUGAUGCAAAUGAAAUCUUGGAAAGUAAGCUUCUUAACCAAGCCAGCUUCUUUGAACAGGAAAGACAAGAGUAUGAGAAAGAAAUUGAGGAUGUCAGUAAUAACCUGGAAACAGUUACAAUAGCUAAAGAAGAACUGAAGGAAGAAUUGAGAGCUGUUAAAGAAAGCUAUGACAAAGUAACUGCUGAGCUGAAAGCCAAAACUGUGGAUUCCACAGAUGGUGGUUCUCAUGAUGCAAAAGAGAAUGGAGUCAGUGUUGAAUUUGCUGCCAAGAUGUUACAGCUUGAGCAAGAGAAUGACAUGCUAAAAACUAGUUUAGAGAUUAAAGAAAGUGAAGCCCUCAAUAGCAGUGAAAAAUUAGAGAAAGAACUGUGUGCUCGGAAAGAAUCAGAAGAGGAGCUGUUGCAUGAAAAUGAGCGUUUGCGUGAAAUGCUGAGCUCACAGUUUUCAACGACAGAGUCAGCUGCUGAUGAUACAUCCAGUUCCUUCUCUGAUCAGAAGACGGUUGACCUGAUGAAUGAAAUUUCUCGCUUGAAAAAAGACUUAAAAGAAACUCAGGAAAUAUAUACCAAGGAAAACGAGCUUCUUAAACAGGCUCUAGACUAUGAGAAGGUGACUUCAGCACAGCUUCUACAAAAAGAACCAUCUUCUGAAUUUCUACAAGGCCUGGAACCAACACAGAGGGAUGUCAUUGAACUCAAACAACUACUUGCUAAGAAGGAACAGCGAGAACAUGAGAUUCUAACUGAGAAAAACAAACAGAUUGGGGUGCUGCAGGAGAGUAAUGCACAGCUUGAAAGAGAGAAAGAGAAGUUACAAAAGUUAAUCAUGGAACACGAGAAGCAAGUCACUGAAAUGUCACAGAGAAUGCUGACCUCAGAUUCAGUUUCUGAGGAGGUGCAGGAGGUCUUUGGACGCCAGCUGACUGCUAUCCAAUCCAACCGAGACAUGUUGCAAAGACAACUCGAGGAAAUGCAAAGUCAACAAGGAAGCCUUCCAGAGGUUCUGGGUGAAAAAGCCAUGCUGGAAGAAAGUUUGCGCAGAGAGAAGGAUCUAUUGAGUCAAAAAAUGAAAGAGAAGGAAGAUUUGCAGAGGGAGUUGAUAAAACAGAAGCAGGCCUUAGAUGAACGGAUUAGUGAACAAAAGAAAAUAGAAGAUAUUUUGCUGGAGAAAGAUAGACUGGAGCAGGAGCUAUCAAAACAGAAAAGCCUCUUAGAAAGUGAACUAGAAGAUAUUGAGCAGAAGCUGAAUGAAAAGGAAGAUGAGCUGAUGUAUGAGAAAUCUGUGUUAGAAAAGGAACUACAGCAGAAAGAUGAGAAACUGAUCCUGACUGAAGAACAUUACCAACAACGUGAAAAAGAAAUCGAGAAGGAAUUUUUGAAUGAAAUUAACACCGUGAAGAGUAAAGUUGAGGAUGAAUACAUGACCAAACUUAGUAAACUGAGAGCUGACAGCGAUAAGACCCAUGCUGAUGCCAUUGCACGUCUGAAGAGAGAAAUGUUCAGUGAUUUCAGUUUGCAGGAAGCGAGGACCAAAGAACAUCACUUGUCUGAUAUCUCACUAUUGAAGACCAAACAUCAGAGUCAGCUUGAUUCUCUGCGGGCUGAGUUUGAAAGCCAGAUGCAAAGACUACAAGAAGAACUGGACACAGAGAGACAACACCAGUUGGGUACAGUGAAGUCGGUGCAUGAACGAGAACGCAGCCGGGAAUUACAGGAAAUGAAAGACGAACACCAGAAGGAAAUGGACGCAUUGCGAGAAGAUAUGGACGUCAAACAUCAUGAUAUAUUCGAUGAAAUGCUAAAGAAGGUGGAUGAGAACCAUGAGGAGGAGAUCAGACAGAUGCAGAUAGAUUCAGAGAAGGAACAAAAACUGCACCUUGAAGCGUUGAGGAUUACUAUGGAGCAAACAAAUGCAGCUCGCGUAGAAGUGAUUCGUGCUGAGAUGGAUCAUAGCAAAGCUAAAGCAUUAGCGGAUCUCAGAGAAAGUCUGAUAGAAACACACAGGAAUGAUUUAGCAAUGCUGACGAACCAACUACAAUCAGAGUGGACAGACAGAAUGGACACAUUAACUGCAGAACAUGAAAAAGAAAUUGAGACGCUAAGAGAUGAAAUAACUCAAAGGUCACAGCAAGAGCUGGAAGAGCUCAGGAACAAUCACAAAAAAGUUAUGGAGGAAUUAACGAAGGAACUUGAAACUAAAAACGAUGCCUUAAUAGCAGAAAAGAAAAAUAAAUCUGAAACUGAGGAGGAACAAAAAAGUGAUGUGGAGUUACUUUUGGAGGAAAGGCAGAAGAUGCUAGAAGAAGCUGAGGCGGUGCAACAAAACCUGGCCCGAAUUCACAACCAGGAAAUGCAAGAGAUGCGAGUCAAUAUGAAUGCAAGCCAUCAAGAACUGGUGGAUGACUUAGUAGCUGCAAAGAAAGCACAUGAGGAAACAAAUGCCAAACACUUGCAGACUAUUGCGGAACUCCAACAUAAGGUUGACCAGGUUGACAUCGAGGAGCACGAGGCUUUGCUAGAAGAGGUAGAAGCUCUACGACAGGAAAUUGGUAGACAGAAGAAGAAGAGCGAGAAGGAACAUGGUCGGGAAAUGGAAAAAUUAAGGGGAUUUUUUGAGGAGAAAUUGGAGGAAACUGAGAAGAGUUGGGCUGAGGAGUUGGAUCGGGUGAAAGCAGAGCAUCUUGACGAUAUUGAGCGACAACAACAGGAUGACCAUGGUCUUGAAACUGAGAAUUUUGAGAUUUCAGCUUUGACACGACAUCAGCAAUACACGUUUACACAAAUUUCCAUAUCGGAUGCUGAGAGUUCACCUCCUCCAUCACCUUACAAGAUGUUGGAGAGUGGAGAGCAUUUGACGCAGGGAAUGGAUGAGAAACUGAGAGAAAAGUAUAGAAUAGAUUUGGAGAAGAUGAAGACUGAGUUGGAAAGUGAACACAAAGCUGAAAUUUACAGGUUAAAAUCACAGAUGGAGUUAAAAUAUGAACUAGACAUUAAGAGUUGUAAAGAUGAGCUGAAUAACAGGCAUGAACAAGAACUCUCCAAAUUGCAACAGUCGCAUCUCGAGCAGCUAGAAGCUGAGAAGCAGUAUCUGACUGACAUUCAUUUGAAGGAAGUUACACGACUCCGGAUGGUGUCUGCGGCUGAUGCUGCCAGACAGGUUGAAACCGAAGUUGAGAACUUGAGAAGUGAGAUGGAGUUUUCUAAAAAGGAAGAGCUGUCUGAGAUCAAAGAUGAGCUGGGUCAUGAACACAGGAUGGAAGUAGGAGCUAUGCAAGCUGAUUUUGAUAUUCAGAAGCAAGUGGAAGUAAAGAGAGCACAAGCGGAAUGUCAGAAAGAACUAGAUGAGAAAAUUGAAGAAAUGAACCAGAGAGCGGAAGACAGGUUGAUUGAAGAAGUGGCACAUGUCAGAAGUGAAUUAGCUAUCGAGAAUGCACAGCAAAUGGAGAUGAUGAAAAUGAACCUUGAAAUGCAGAAGAGCAAAGAAUUGGAAUUAAUGUCUAAAGAGUUUGAGAUAGAGCGAGAAAGGAUCUUGACUGAGAUGGACGAGAAACUGAAAAGUCUCGAGCAAGAAUUAGCCGAGAAGGCUAAAAUUGACAAAGAGGAUGCCUGUGUCACGUUGCAGCAAAAACAUGAGAAUGAAAUGAAGAAUCUUAAAAAGCAGCUUGAUGAAGAAAAAAUUAAAUACAGCCUUCUGAAAGAUAGUAUUGAUAGAGGCGAGAAUCCUGAAAUUGCUCUGUUGAAAGAGCGUUUAGAAAAGCAAUAUGACAGCCAGGUAGAGCUGAUAAAGACUGAAAUAACACAGGAAUAUGAAGGUAUAAUUCAAACUAUGCAAGAACAGGCUACAGAUCACCUACAAGGUCAUCAGACUUUACUAGAUAAGUUUGUAGAGGAGCAAGAAACAGAAGUGAUGGCUGCCAAAGAAGUACAUGCAUCUGAUCUUGUGAAUCUUAGAGAGGCUCUACAGCAACAGCAUCAGAAUGAAAUUGAGAUGUUGAAAGGGAUGCACUGUCGAGAGAUUGAGAAUUUAAAAGUUGAGUUGGUGCAGAAGUUGAAUGAGGAGAAAGAGAGGAUGGACAAAGAAAAGGUGAAUGAGUUUGAUGUGCAUAAAAAUGAGUUGGAGAAGCUGAAGAAAGAACAUCUUGUAGAGUUAGAACUGCAGGAAGAAAGAGUGAAAGAAGAACUUACUGCUUCUCAUAUGGAGAAGUUCCGUGCUGUGACUAAUGAGUUAGAGGCUGCACAUCAACGUGAAAUUGAAGCUACAAAAGAGGGUGUGAAAGAGUACAUAGAAGCAGAGUAUGUGACAAGGAUUGAGGAACUGGAAAAGGACGUGGCUGACAGGGAAGACAUCUUGAAGGAUUUUAUUGAGAAACAUGAAACUGAAGUUGCUGAGCUGAAGGAAUCUUACACUGAGAAAAUCAAAGCAGAGAAAAUGAAGGUGAGAUCUCAGUACGAUGACAGAGUUGAUGCUGUCAACAUGGACACUCAGAGAGAAGUGGACGCUGCAAAGUCUGAUCUGGAAGAAGUACAUCGACAAGAAAUCAUUGAAUUGCAGAGUAAAUUAGAAGCUGAACACACAGAUGAUAUGGAAUUACUGGAAAGAGCCAAGAGGCAAGAAAUUGAUACAUUGAAACAAAAACACAGUGAUGAUAUGGAGAAGAUGAAAGCUGAACUGGAAGAGAAACUCAGACACACUCUGGAAGAAAUUGAAGGUGAUUACGAAAGUCAAAAAGAGCAAGAAAUGACAGCAUUUCGUGAAUCUUUGCAUUCAGAGUAUCGUCGCAUUAAAGAUGAGAUGGCGAACCAGACCAGGGAGAGGGAACAGCAGUAUGUGGCUGAAUCAGAUGCAGCAUUUGAAAGUAUUAAAAAAGAACAUGAAAUAGAAGUUGGUAGAAUUCAAAAAGAAUCUGAGCAGCUCCAACAACAGUUAGAAAGAGAGCAAGAAAUAGUUGCCAAGUUAAAAGAUGAGAAUGAGAAACUACAAACAAGGCUGAAAGAGGAGGUAGAGAAACAUGACACUACAAUGAAUAGAAGAGAACGAGAGAUGGAAGAGAGUGAUAAUUUACUUGCUAUGUUAAGAUCUGAUUUAGACAGACUUAAUACAGAAAGGGAUACUACACAACGUAUCAAUGACCACCUACUCAGAGUUAUGACUGAAUCCGUCCGUGUUUCCUUGGCAACAGGAGAGAAGAUCAACAAAAAAUUAGCAUCCAUACUUCCUGACAGCAGGCCUGACAUAGAAGGCGCUGUUGCACUAGAGAGAGAAAGUGGUGUUGGCUCAGACAGACCUGAUGAAUCAGAUAGUGGGGCAGCAAUGCAAGGUGCUAAUAGUGAUUCACAGGAAAAGGAAGGCCUUGGUAGUGAUGAUGGCACGCUGUUAGAUACAAGUGUGACGUCAAUUACUGACGAAGGAUUAGAAAUAUCACAGCUAACCGAAAGUAUGUUUGUUGGUCCUGACCUUGGCCCUGAAGGUGAAGAGAUAGUUUUAGGUGCUGGCAGUCGUCUACAAGGCUCUGUGGAAACACUUCUGGAUGUGAUUGUUACAACCACACAGCAGUUGCAUCAGUCUCAGGAAUUACUGACUGCUACAACAGAGACUCAAGAAGAGCUGAGAAUUGUCAAUGAAGAACUCAAUGAAAGGUUACAGGCACAGGAAAAAGAAGAACAUGAACACCAUGUAGACCAAGAACUGACCGAUGGUCACUCAGUUGAGUCUCUGAGAGAGCAACUCACAAAGAAGGAGGAAAAUGAACAAGAGUUAGUUGAACAACUGGAGGUCACAACCACACGACUCAAACAACUGGAACUAGCACAGCAUCAGCUCAGGGAGGAACAAGAGCAGUUGGAUCAGCAAAAGAUGGCUCUUGCGGAAACUAUCGACACCCAAGAACUUGAGGAAGGCCCUGCAUGGAAAGGAAAAAAGGGCAAAGUUGGAUUACUUGAAGAGAAUGAUAGAUUGUGUCAAGAAAAGAAAGAUCUGGAAAACCAGUUCAAGAAAGACAAAGAGGAUCUUGAAACUCGGCAAAAGUUAUUGGAAUCUGCUUUAGAAGAACAAACAAGUAGAUGCGAUGAGUUAGUCAGAGAACAGAGAUCACAGACAGAGGAGUAUGAACGACAAUUUGAAGCAAUGGAUAAACAACUGAAAUCAAAUAAGCUCUUUUUGGAGCAACAAGCAACUGAAAGAGAACAAGAAAGAGAUGACUUCCAGAAAGAAAUCCAUAAACUUCAAGAACAUAUCAAGAUGAAAGGUGGACUUCGAGGGGAUGACACACUUCUCAAAGAGAUACAAGACCUGACACAGGAGCUGAAAGACAAGAUCAGUGCACACAAUGAAGUGGUCAAGGAGAAACAACAGUUGGUGCAUGACCUCCAGGAAAAGGUGACACUUGAAAACCAACUGAAGCAGCAAAUCAGGGAGUUGGAGAAUCAGGUUGAAGAAAAGAACAGAGUGGAACAAGAUUUGAUUGAGAAGAAAUCUGAGCUGGAGAAUGAAUUGAAGAAGAAAGAACAAAUUGAAGAAGAUCUGAUGCAAGAGAAAGAAGUUUUACAACAGCAAUUGUACGAUAACUUACUGCAGUUAGGAGCUUUACAGUCUAAGUUAGACAGCACAAAACACGGAUUUGAUGAGAAACGUUCAACUACUACGUCUGCUGCUAGCAGUACUGAUGGUGUGUCUGUGGCCCAGCAAUUAGAACAGGACAAAGAAGCUAUUGAAAGAAAAGAUGAAGAGAUCACCAAUCUUGUGGAACAGUUGGAACAGUUCCGAGAAGAGAUUAUGGACAAGGAAGAGGAAAUUCAAGGGUUGAAUAUGCAAAUAGAGGUACAUCGGAAGGAGAUUGAUGCACAGAAAGAAAGUCUUCACGAGUUGGAAAAAACGAAAGAGGAACAUGAACAAUUCUUGUCUACACUUGAAAAAACUGAACGUGGGGACAAAGCAGAGGAGCAAACCAUCUCAAAGUUCUCACACAAGUUGUUAGAAGAAAAGAACCAAGAACUAGAUGACCUAAAUGAACAGUUGUCUCAGGCACAGGAAGAAAUUCAACAUCUCCAACAGGAUAUAAGGCAGAGAGAACAGGAGAACAAAGACAUAGAGAUCGAAAACUUGAAAGAUCAGCUGAGUAAAUCGCAUGAUGAUUUAGAACAUUUGCAACAAGCUUUGGAACACAGGGCAGCGGACACUUCAGGGGAAGGCAAAGAUAUUGAGAUAGAACAGUUGAAUACACAGCUAGCGAAAGCACAUGAGGAAUUAGAGCAGCUACGUCAAGAAAUUGAGGACAGAGAAGCCGAUACUGGUGCUAAUGUUGAAGUCUUAGCCAAUGAAUUGGAACAAUUGAGAUUGGAACAUGAAACAAUGUUGGAUGAGAAAGAACAAGAGAUUUCAAAUUAUAAAUUACAUCUAGAGAAUGAGAAGAAUAAGGAUCCAUUGAUCAAUCCGUUGGUGGUGGAGACAUUAGAAAUGACAAGAAAUCAUCACGAUGAAAUCAAGCAACAGCUUGAAGAAGAGCUGUAUACCCUGAGACAUUUGAUGAGUGAACGUGAGCAGGAGGUUGAACAUUUGGAAGAACAGCUGGCUCGUCUGAGAACCAGGUCAGAUAGCCCAGGGAGUAGUGAUGAUGAAAGAAAUAUGCAGAUGGACCAGUUAGAGGCUGAAAUUCAGGAUAAGGAUGCGCAUAUAGCAAGAUUAAAAGUACAAGUUGACAAUAUGCAAGAUGCCAUCUUUAAAAAACAACAAGAACUCAACAACGCCCAGAGAUCAACAUCUGAUUUUAACGAGAACUUGGAAAGGAUGAAGGUUCUACAUGCUGAGGAGAUUGCUGUGAUGAGGAAAAGUCAGGAAGAAGAGAUAAAACAAGUUAAAGCUGACGCUGAGACUCGAUACCUGCAAAAACUCUCCACUAUGAAGAGUUUAUCACCAGCAACAGCAAGAGAUCUAGAACAGUCAAUGUACGAAUUGCGAGCAAAACUCACUGAGCAACACCAACAACAUAUCAGGGAACUAUCAGACAAACUUGAGAGAGAUAAUGAAAUUGAGUUGGAAUCUUUGAAGAUUAAACAUGAGCAGGAUAAGCGGGAGAUGCGUGAUGAACAUAAAAAAGAAAUUGAAAUGGCAAUAGUGAAAACAAGAAGAGAUCUUAUACAGCAGCAUAGAUUAGAAAUUCAGACAUUACAAGAUGAAUAUCAUAGACGUGGAGAUUCAAUAUCGUCACCUAGUCCAACACCAAGUAUUAGAGAGCUUGGUAGACGACUACAGCAUGAACUAGAACACACAGAAAGGCUGGAUUCUGAGCUUAUGUCACAGUUAAGAACUAGACAAGAUGGUGUUGGGCAGGAAGGAUCACCUAUAUCUGGUGCCACCGGUGAUAGCAUGAGUGAACCGGGUGCUGGUGGUGACCAGGUUACCAGUAGAUUACAAGCACUGUUAAAUCGAGUUUACAAUGAAGGGCUGCAAGUGUUAUCAUUAUCUGAUUUAGUGUAUUUAAGACGACAUAGUUCACCUCGACCCAAGACACCUGAGGGCGCCGAUCUAGGCACAUUACAACAAGCCUGGGAGAGUGAGAAACAUACAUUAUUAGCGGCAAUACAGGCACUUAAGGAUCUCAUUUCGCAGACCACUGCAUCUGGUGUAUGGACUGCAGAAUCAAGAGAGAAUGAUUGGAGAGCUGAAUUAUUAAAAGCCAUCAAAUAUGUAUUUGACAAAGAACGCGAGACACUGUUGGCAGAGUUACGUACACAUGUUGUAGCGCACGGUGAACGUAAUCUAUCAGAUAUACAAGAAUUGGAACGAAGAAUCAAGGAGCAGGAGGAACACCAGCGGUCUGCUUUGGAGCAGAUACUUGCAGCAGACAGAGCUUCUAUGUUAGCUGAGCUGCGUGACCUCAGAGCGCAUCUCACCGUGGUGCAGAAAGAAAGAGAUGAACAAGGUCAACAAAUGAUUCAGCAAAUUAACACACUGGAAUCUCAUGAUGAACAAAGAGAACGGCAAAGUAAAAGACAAUUGGAGAUGUUAGAAUAUAAAUAUCAACAGGAGAAGGUUCUUGCCGAGGACAUCAAAAGUGCUCUUGACUUGGAGAAGACCAAGACAGUUGAGUUAUCCACCGGGUUGACAAAAGAGAAGUCUAUCGUAGUAGAACUUAAAAAUGAGAUAUCUGAGCUGCAGACUAAACUUGGUAAUAUCACGAAUAAUUUUGAGCGAGAACAAGCUCGACUUGAAGCUGUCACGUCUACUUUAGAAGCUGAGAAAACUGAGAACAAAAACCUCAGAGAAGAAUUAGAAGCUGAAAGACAAACUGCUGAGCAUCUCAAAUGCACCUUUGAAAAUGAAAAUGAGCGAAGCAUGCAAUCAUCACAUCGUGACCAGGAAACUAUCAAGGAAUUACGAACAAAUCUAGAAAAGGAAAAGACGAAGAGAACCGAGAUGACCAACAUGUAUGAGAGACAAGUCUUGAACACUAAUGCCCUGGACCGUGAAUUACAGUCUGAGAAAUCACAGAGUAAAACUGUUAUCAGCGCUGAGAGAACCAAAGCAGCUGAGUUUAAGGCGUCAUUGGAAGUUGAGAAAGCUAGAUCUGAGGAAUUGUCUGCAGCACUUCAACGAGAGCGUGAUUUGAGUAGUAAAUUCCGUGAAUCACUAGAAAGAGAACGUGCCACACUUGAGCACACCUCGCAGAGAGAUCAUCGAGCCAUGGCUGACAUCAAAGGGGAAUUAGACGCAGCACGCAAAAAGUCUCUUGAUCUCCACACUGCAUUAGAACAAUCUAAAAAUACCGUAGCAACGUUGAAUGCAAUGUUAGAGUCUGAGAAAUCAAGGUCUCUGGAAGACCUCGAUAGAGAGAGAGCUGUUGCUAAACAGCUGAAAGCUUCUGUAGAUUCCCUCCAGUCUCAAAGGCAAGAUUUGACCCGACAGUUAGAUAAUGAACGUGACCGUGGAGUUAGAUUACGAAAUGAGAGAGAUAGGUUACAGGCACAGCUAAUGUCACAGAAAGACCGUGAGAGAGAAAAUGAGGCGCACAGGGAACGAGAAAGACAGCUGGAGAGGCAAAAACAGAGAGAACGUGAUCGUGAGAAGGAACUAGACAAACAGAGACAGCGAGACCGAGAUUUAGAUAAGCACCUGGAAAGGCAGAAGAGUGAAACGGCACAAAUGGAAAUCCGUGAGUUAAAGCAAAAAUUGUCAUUGGUUGAACAACAACGUGAUUUUGACAGGGCACGAGAGAUCCAUAGAAGAACAAUGAAUGGCAGUGUGGUGGAAACUGAUAAUGAGGAAAUACAGCAAGCUUUUGAAACUGAAAUUUCAAAAGGAGCUCAGAGAGCGGGAUUCGAUAGCUUAUCAAGUUCCAAGACUGGGAUAACUCCAGAAUCAAGUCCAUCCAAGGUAGCCAUGUACAAACAACAAUUAGAAAAUGCAAGACAAACACUACAACUACUGGUCAUCAGACAUCAAGAGGAGCUAGGCAAGCGAUCAGUGAGUAGGUCAGGUGAUGGUGUAUCAUCUCACGAUCCAUACUCUGAUGUUGAGAUUCAGAGAUUACAGAAAGUUUUAAAUGAAAUAAGUAAUGAACUGAAAAAUGUACAUUCUUCAUUAACAUCUGAAGAAGACCCAACUGAUGGAUCACCAGCCAUGUCCAAUCUGAAUGCAAGGCUGUUAAAACAAAACGCUGAUCUGACCACAUUUGUGUCCCGACUCAGUGAGGAGAAAACAGAACUGAGGGGAGCCUUAGCAAAGUUAGAAGAAGAGGUUUGGAAGUAUAGGCAAAAGGAAUCAGAGCUGGACCAUUACACAAAGAAAUCUCUAGACAGUGCAGAGACCAUCUUAGCUACUGAGAGAGCUGCUUGGGCCAGAGAAAGACUAGCUAACCAAAGAGCUCUACAGGAGGCCGAGUCAGAAAUUGUUCGUUUGAAGUCUGAAUAUCGACAUGAAGCCAUGAAACGAGAGACGUUACAGCAACAACAAGAAUUUAGUCAACCAUCAGAGACACAACAGGCAAAAUUGCAGCGCAUGUAUGGCAAAUACCUGCGAGCUGAGAGUUUCCGUAAAGCAUUGGUGUAUCAGAAAAAAUAUUUACUUUUACUACUGGGUGGUUUUCAUGACUGUGAGCAAGCUACUCUCUCGAUGAUAGCUAAGAUGGGUGCUUAUCCAUCACCUGCAGACCUACAAAGACGUUCCAGGCAUCCCAGGUCGUAUACAAGAUUUCGAAGUGCUGUCAGAGUCGUCAUUGCAGUGUCCAGGUUAAAAUUUCUAGUUCGUAAAUGGAGAAGAGCAACAAGGAUUGGUUCGUCAGCAGUGGGAGGAACACCAACUGCAUUGUCAGUACAAUCCGUGCCUCAUACCUCAACACCAAGUCCGUCCAGAAGCAGAGAUGCACACAUGUUGUCUUAUGCAGCAUAUACACCGCCAGUCAGAGAUAGACAUACACGUAGUGCCACACAGCCUUCACCUCGCAGUUCAUACCUAUCACAAAGGUCACAUGGUGCUUCGAAUAAUGAUCCAUUGACAGUGCCAUCGUUAUCUGCUUCAUUACCGUUAGAUGAUUCUGUCACAUCUAUUGAUGAUGGCACUGAUACCUCACUUAGUAAUUAUAUACAGAGAUUAGAAAGUUUACAAACACGAUUAGAACGAGUACAAAGAGGUAAUACGGUUGGAGGAAAUAGCCGGCAGUAUAGUGGACUGUACAGUAAAAGAUAGCCCUAUCAAACAGACCAUCUACUGAGCAAAUAACUUAUGUGGAAAUUUUGUAUUUUUAUUGAAAAAUAUGUUUGAGAAUUCUGCUGUAUUUCAGUAUGUGUGAUUGUAAAUAAUACAUUAACAAAUUAACUUCAGCAGAAGUGUGUUGCUUAAUUGUGUAUGAAAACAGUGUGAUUGGUGCUAUUCAAUUAUACAAAUCAGCAAAACAAACCUUAUAUAUAAUAAUUAU